UUUUUUUUAAUUAAUUUGUCAUUUCUUGUCGAAUUUGCUUAAGAAAUUUCUGGCCUUCCUAUAAUUCUCUCUCUCUCUCUCUCUCUCUCUCUCCUAAUUUCUCGAUCUCCAAUUCAUCAUGUCAACCCAACCACGAAAAGAUUCCACGGAGGCCGGAUCAUCGUCGGCCACGGCGGUCCUCGACACCCAGCACCACCAAGGCGCGGCGGCGCUCAGCCGCUACGAGUCCCAGAAGCGGCGAGACUGGAACACGUUCGGACAGUAUCUUAAAAAUCAAGCGCCGCCGGUUCCACUGUUCGAGUGCAACUGCAACCACGUGCUCGAAUUCCUCCGCUACCUCGACCAGUUCGGAAAAACUAAGGUUCACUUACAUGGGUGCGUGUUUUUCGGUCAGCCUGACCCACCUGCCCCUUGCACGUGUCCACUCCGCCAAGCGUGGGGCAGCCUUGAUGCUCUCAUCGGCCGGCUUCGGGCGGCGUAUGAGGAGCACGGCGGUUCGCCGGAAUCAAACCCUUUUGGAAAUGGAGCAAUUCGUGUGUAUUUGAGGGAAGUUAAGGAGUGUCAAGCUAAAGCUAGAGGGAUUCCGUACAAGAAAAAGAAGAGGAAAAGAGCUCAAUUCAAGGCUAAUGACGACGGCGCUGGCGGCGGCGGCGGCGGGAACAACAAUAACAACAACCAACCCAUGAAGCAUCUUGCUUGAUUCAAAUCACUGUUCUGCAACUCCUGGAUAAGAAAGCAAGGGAUCAGCCGAGAACGAACGUGUAAAUGUGGAAUGAGUCGAAGGGUUUUCUAUCUGAUAAAAAUAAUUAUAUAAAGAAAUAGAGAAUAAAAAGUUUAGCAAAGUAUUGUAGCAAAAGCUAGGUUAGCAAGCCAUUUUAAUUUUUUUUUUUUUUUUAAAUGCCUCAUGGCUUGUAAGUUCACUUUUUAAUUAGACUAUACAUCAAAAUUGUCAUUUCUAUUGUCCAA